GCUCACCCUCCUCCCCGCUCACCCUCCUCCCGCCCCCAGUUCAGGCGCAUGCUCAGCCGCGAGCUGACCCACCUGUCGGAGACCAGCCGCUCGGGGAACCAGGUGUCCGAGUACAUCGCGCAGACCUUCCUGGACCCGCCGGCCGAGGUCGAGCUUCCCCCGCUGCCCGCGGAGGACGGCGACCCCGCGGCCCCCCGGGUCAGCCUCCCCGCCGCCGCCGCGGUGCCCCGCUUCGGGGUCCGCACAGACCAGGAGGGGCAGCUGGCCAAGGAACUUGAAGACACCAACAAGUGGGGGCUGGACGUGUUCCGGGUGGCCGAGCUGAGCGGGGGCCGGCCGCUCACAGCCGUGGUGUUCAGCGUCCUGCAGGAGCGGGACCUGCUGCAGACGUUCCGGAUUCCCGCGGACGCGCUGCGCGCGUACCUGCUCACGCUCGAGGGCCACUACCACGCCGACGUGGCGUACCACAACAGCGUGCAUGCCGCCGACGUGGUGCAGUCUGCGCACGUGCUGCUGGGCGCCCCGGCCCUGCAGGCCGUGUUCACAGAUCUGGAAGUCUUGGCCGCUGUCUUUGCAUGCGCUAUCCACGACGUGGACCACCCGGGGGUCUCCAACCAGUUUCUCAUCAACACCAACUCGGAGCUGGCGCUGAUGUACAAUGACGUGUCGGUGUUGGAGAACCAUCACCUCGCGGUGGGCUUCAAGCUCCUGCAGGGAGAAAACUGCGACUUCUUCCGGAACCUCAGCGCCAAGCAGCGACUGAGUCUGCGCAGGAUGGUGAUAGACAUGGUGCUGGCCACGGACAUGUCUAAGCACAUGAGCCUCCUGGCCGAUCUCAAGACCAUGGUGGAGACGAAGAGGGUGGCCAGCCUCGGCGUCCUGCUCCUCGACAAUUACUCUGACCGCAUCCAGGUCCUGCAGAGCCUGGUGCACUGCGCCGACCUCAGCAACCCCACCAAGCCGCUGCGGCUCUACCGCCAGUGGACCGACCGCAUCAUGGCCGAGUUCUUCCGGCAGGGGGACCGCGAGCGGGAGCUGGGCCUGGAUAUCAGCCCCAUGUGCGACAAACACUCGGCCUCGGUGGAGAAAUCCCAAGUGGGAUUCAUUGACUACAUCGCCCACCCACUGUGGGAAACCUGGGCCGACCUGGUGCACCCCGACGCCCAGGAGCUGCUGGACACCUUGGAAGACAACAGAGCGUGGUAUCAGAGCAGAAUACCCGGCAGCCCCACCCUCCCCGCGGGCCGCGAGCGCCCCGGCCCUGACAGGUUCCAGUUUGAGCUAACCCUGGAGGAGGCGGAGGAGGAGGACGGGUAAUGACGGACAGGCUCGGCGCUGGACACCCAGCCCUCAGGGUCCCGGCACUUAGCGCCUGUCCUCCAGCACCAGCCCGGGGUGCAGGGUCUGCCUUCUCCGCCUGGCUCGGACCGCGAAGGCCCCGGCAGCCCCGGGCACCCCUGGCGCUGGUGACCUCUGCAGCGACGCCCGUGGCACCGGCUCCUCUUCCCACGCCGGGCCGCUCUGGCCGCAGCUUGGCUGGAAAGGCGCCGGGGCCUCCCCGACUCUGCUCCGGCUCCAGCCUGCGCGGCCGGGGCGCUCUCUGCCUUUCCUUCACUGUUUGGACUCUUUUCGAUGCAGAAGAUGGAAGCCCGGCCCCCUGCCCUGUGAGCAGAGGGACCCCCGGGUCACUGUGUCCUUGACCAGAUGCCCUGCCUUCAGCCGUCCAGACACAGACCUUUACUGAGUCCCCGGGGAGAUCCCUGUUGUAAACAGAGGCAGGGACCACCCCACUGAGGUCCAGUGUCUCCCGACUCCAGAGACUCCAGGUGACCGUCCUAGGAGGCGCCCACAGGCCUCUGUCUCCUGCGAGCUGCUCACACGGUCACUAAACACGGGUGGCGGGACCCAUGCGGGGUCUCGCUGUAGAAACCUGGAGAUGGAGCCAGGCAGUCCUGCAGCACAGCUUCACGAUAGGACCAACCCCGUGUGUAGGGCACAGCGGGCUCAGCCUGGGUCCCAGACUCAGGAGGGGCGGGGGUGAGGUGCUGGGCAGGCCCAAGAGAGGCUGGGGGCGUGGUCAGGGUGGAGCCCCGCCUAGAAUCCCCAGUGAGGGGCUGGGGGCGUGGUCAGGG